AUGCAGGCUCUUGACGGUCCGCCUGCUCUCGUCGUGCGGGCCCUCGAUCCCACCGGGAGCCUUUUCCCGGAUCACGUAGACGUCCUCGACGUCGAUGCGACCUUGCGCGUCCUGAUCUUCUCCUGGUUCUCGGGCAGGGCAGCGUCCGGCACCUCGACGGGUCGGUGGGUCGCCCAAACCCGCGGCGAGAUGUCGACGAGGUCGGCCAGCGACCCGCGCAGCGUGGCCUCGAUGUCGGCCGUGCCGCCGUUGGCGAAGCGAAAGGUCGCCUUGACCGCCUCGUCGCAUUUUUCACGCGGCGCCGGACACGGCUUCAUGUGCGCGGCGGUGCACUCCUCGGGCAGCGCACCACCAAAGAUGACGCGGACCGCCGACGCGCCGUAUGUGCCCAGGUCGAGCGUCGUCCCGCCCCCGAGCGAGUACGUGAACCGGAUGUCGUCGUCGGGAAACAGAAAUCGCGGGAACUUGGUUAUGGCCUGA